UAAUAAAAUAGUUGAUGUUUCAAUGUUAUUUCAAUCUGCAAAGCAAUUAUAAAUAAAAACAGAAGAUUUUUGUGAAUAUAUUGAAAAAGUGAAGAUAAGAAUUUGGUUGAUUUUAGGAGUUUUUGUUUGUGGGUUUCAGAUUCCCAGCCAGAAUCUUGCGCACGAAUGUGUCUGUGCCUGAGGCUCAGCGAGCAAUAAGUUUUUCUUAGGGUUCAUCGACAGAUAAUCACAUCAAGAUGAGUGUCAUAAUACGGCUACAGAACCUACCAUGGUCAGCAAAUGCUUUGGAUAUCCGGCAAUUUUUUCAAGGACUUUCGAUUCCUGAUGGCGGCGUUCAUAUUGUAGGAGGAGAAAUGGGCGAUGCUUUCAUCGCUUUCAGCACGGACGAAGACGCUCGACAAGCAAUGAUGCUUGAUCGCGGUAAACUGAAAGAAGUGCAAAUUCGUUUGCUACUUUCAUCUCGAGCUGAAAUGCAGAAAGUAAUUGAAACGGCACGCCAACAAUCGUUAACAAUGAUGCAAGCAGCAGUCCAACAGCAGCAAUUGCAACAGCAACAGCAACAACAGCUUCAGCAGCAACAGCAACAGCCAAUUAUUAGUAAACUGCAAAUAAUUCCGCAGCCACCGGUUAUCACACCGACGUCACUGAACAAGAUUCUCCAUCAGCAACCCCAGCCAAUCAAUGAGAACUCGAUGCAAUCUUAUCAGUCAUACACGAUAAAUGAUAAUUCCAUGGACUCGCGUGAUAGCAAAGAUAAAAGCAGUGAUCGGGAUCGUGGAAGUAGUCGACGGAGUCGUGAUAGAUUUGGCCGAUCACCUAGGUCACGAUCCAAAUCGCGUGAACGCCGUCGCUCAAGAUCACGAGAGCGCAGCAGCAGAAGGAGACGUGAUCACAGCCGCAGUCGGAGUAGAGACCGACGAGAUCGUCGACGCGACAGGAGAUCAGUAAGCGACGAUCGGGAUUAUGAUCGGAGUGAUAAUCGGAAUGGUAGCCGAAGCAAUCGGGAUCGGAGUUCAGCCCGUGCGACUACUGGUUCACCCAAUAAUAGUGCUACCUUGAAAGCCGAACCCAGUGAUGUAGGAUCUACGGGAACUGCAGGGGUAAUGGGCACUAUUGGCGCUUUGGGGAAUGCCGGCAUGUGGGGUGUAUCUGCAAGCCAACCGGCUUUUCAAACAAAUCUAACUAAAGGGUAUAGCACUGUAAGCACUAAUCAAAGUGUAUCAGCUGCCGCUUUCCAAACAAAUCAAAGUCUUUACAAUCCACCUCAAAAAGCGCAGCAGCAACCAAAUCAGGAUCAAUUUCGUAUCCAACAACAACGACAGCAGCAACCGAUUUUCUCGAGCAAUAUGCAAAUGUCAGCAUCCAAAGCUCAAGAUGGUACCAAUCAAGACAAGCCAAUUUACAAUUUUCAAAGUUUCUUCAAAACCAACUACAAUCAGUCUAAUUCCAGUGUGCUAACCACAGGAGACAAUAUAAGUGGUGGUUCUAAAUCGAUCGCCUUCCAAAACCCGUACACAGCUGCCAAUUCGUCUGCCGGUAAGAGCGGUGGCAGCAGCUUCUCAGGUUUGUUCAGUAAAUCAGGCGAUUCGAACAAGGAUGGAUCGAAUACAAAUGAAGGCGCUAUCAAAUCGGAAGGUAGCGCAAGUCCUGGAAAUCGCGAAUCUCAAAGUGAUUCUAAGCAAACAACAGAAAUUAACUACGAUGAACUUGUUGGAAAUUGUAUAAAAAUUAGCAAUAUGUGCUGUAGCACAACGUACAGUGAGUUGAGAAGGUUCUUCUCCGGACUCUACAUUGCAAACAACGGAAUUAAAAUGAUUAAUGAUAAACACGGGUUACGGAUCGGAGUGGCCUAUGUACGUUUCGUUAAGCGUGAAAGCAAACCAAAGGCUUUUGCUCGGAAUGGGGCGUUACUGAAGACUAGACACAUUGUUAUUGAAAGUGUUACUGAGGAAGAGUUCGAAAAAGUCGUUGAUUCAUUCAAGCCGACUCGACGUUUCGGAAGCCGAUUCGAUGAUGAAAAGAAAGACUCUUUCUCGAGUAGUAGAAAUCGCGAGGAUUCACCAACUCAUCGGCGAAAUGAUGACUCGAAAGAAUACGACAGACCCUCAUUCAAUAAUCUUCUUUUAGAGGAUGUUCCAGCCUUCGCUAAGGAGCAGGAUAUAAUGAAAAUGUUCUCUUCGUAUACGCUCACAGAUAUCAUCUUGACUACCGAUGAGGAUAACAGGAAGCAGCUUCUUUGUUAUGUAAAGUUUCACAGAGCUGAAGAUGCAAAAAAGGCACUGGAGGAGAGUGGCACUCAUGUAAUUGGACACAAAAAGGUAUUUGUUUCACCGUGCAGUGAUGAGAGGUUCGAUAAAGCCAAGGAGAAGUACACUAUGCAAGAUGUUGAAGAGGAGCCAGAAGAUAUUGAUCGGGAUGAUAACGAUAGUGAUAUAAAAGAUAAGUCAUUAGAAAUCAUAGAGGAUGACUAUUUAACCAAAGGCUUACAUGUUCAUAAUGAUGAGUCUAAUGACGAUAGUAAGCAAUCACACGAUAGAGACAUAAUGACGAUUGACGAUAGACAUCCAGGUUCAGACACAGAUUCUAUCAAAAAAGAUCUUAAUUCGAAUGAUACUAAUUCCAAUGGAGACAUUCCAAGUCUAUUCAGUUUAAAUACAUGCCCACCUGCCACAGAAGGACCCACGGAUCCUAGAAAACGGAGUGGACGACAGGGUACAAGAUUCAGUCGUCCCGAAGAUAAUCAGAACAAUACAACUUAUGCCCUUAUAAAAAAUUGCGACUACAAAUCAUCGAAACGUGAUUUUAUGCAGUUUUUCUCAAACGCAGGAAUCCCGCCAGUCCGAAUUGAAAUCUUGAUGAAUUCCAGGAACCAACCAUCAGGCGAAUGUAUCUGUCAGUUCAAAACUAGCGGAGAGGCCGAACGAGCAUUAUUCCAAAGUGAUUACUAUUUAGGAAAUCGAUGUGUGCGGAUUGAAUUGAUUACACCGCAGGAGGUUGCUAAACGAUUAGGUGAUGGCUUCUUAGACGAAGGCCCCAACAUCGACAACGUUGACAUGGAAAUGAUUGCAGCAAACAUGAAUAAUAUGGACAACAUGAACAAUAUGGGAAAUAUGAAUCCUAUGGGAAACAUGAACCCCAUGGGGGGCAUGAACAACAUGGGUAACAUGGGCAUGAAUAAUAUGGGCAAUAUGAAUGGAAUGAAUCCGAAUAUGAUGAUGAACAAUCCGGGAAUGGGGAUGAACUCAAAUUUCAAUCCCAACAUGAUGAAUUUCAGAUCUAAUAGUAAUAAUAACAACAAUAACAAUUUUGGUGGUAAUAAUAAUGGAGGAGGUAAUUUCAACGAUAACUUCAACUUCCCACCAGCCCCAACUAAUCCUUUCAGGACUAAUGGUAAUAACAUGGCACAAGGAGGUAACAUGGGCUCCGCUCCUAGCAAUGAACGUUUUAGCGGAAGAAGCAGUCGCAGUGGUCGAGGUCCACGACAGUCAAGGUUUUCAGAUUAUGAUGACAAAGGACCUAUUCCAAAUGACAUGAACAAUAUGAAUAUGGGCGGCAACAUGGGAAAUAUGGGAGGCGGCAUGGGUAAUAUGGGUGGUGGUGGCAUGGGUAAUAUGGGUGGAAACAUGAAUAGUCCACCCAUGCCACAAGUAUUGGGCGAUACUUCAGUCGAUCAAUUUGGCCAGCCUGGGUGCGUCAUUGGAAUGGAAAAUGUGCCAUACAAGGCGACAAUUGAGGAUAUUAUGGACUUUUUCAAGCAAUUCAAUAUCCAACCGCACAACGUCAUAAGACGAUACAAUGACGACGGCACACCCACUGGUGAUGCGCGCGUUGCCUUCAAUUCACCGAUGCAAGCACGAACAGCUCUGGAAAGUAAACGGCAUCAGAAGAUUUUAAAUAGAACUAUUUACCUUGCAAUAGUUUAAGUUGGAUGUGUGUAAUCGCUGGGCAUCGGUUGCAUAUGAGUAUAGUAAUAGUAUAAAAAAUGAGUUUCAUUCACAGCUUCACCAAUAUCAAGUUUAGAUCUGUUGUUAUUAAUGAAGGAGAAAGGGGACUUUUGCGUCGAAAUAUGAUAUUCGAAUUAUUUCGAGUGUUUGUCUAGGUAAUGGAGAUAACAUUUUAUUUGAUAUAAAAUGCAAUCGAUUGGUGGAGCUGUGGUUUGAGUCAAGCACCAAAGGAAGGAUCUGAAUGAGGUCCAUUUAAAAAACUUCGUGGGCCGAAGUGCGAAGUAAGGAAACCCCUUGUACAUAAGUAAUCCUAAGAUAUUAUAUAAUGCAUAUUUCAAAUAAAAUGUCGGCGAUAUGCCAGACAAAGUUGAAUGUUCACAUUUGAAAAUUCCUUAUUUAUAUCAAGGAUUUGUUAUUCCACUUUUUGAAAUAUUGUUAAUUAGGAUUACAAUUUGAUAAUAAGAGAUAUGAUAUAUUGGAAACCAAAUGAAUUGGUUUGAUAAACCAGCUCCGACAACAGAGGCAGGAACAGAGCUCCUACCCUUCUAAAUUAUAGCUUUACUUUAUAUAUCUUUAUAUGAAUUAACUUUUAAUUUAUUCGAAUAUUCAUGCAAGAACUACUAUCUAUUAUGAGUAACGUUCUCUUGCAAUCCCAUGGAGAAUUAAGUCCAAAUUUAUAUCAGGCAAAGUUGAAUUUGUAUUGAAUUUCACGGAUUUGAAGGAGCCGAAUCUGUCAGUAAAAAACUAAAUAUUGUUUUGCCAAUUUAAACUGUUCAUCCUGCAUACGUGUGUACAUUAUUCACUUACAUUUGUUGAUAAUAUGCAUAAGAUUCACAUUAGUUUAAGUUUUUGUAUAUUUCUGCACUUGCAUUGUGUGAUGGAAUGAAUGCUAAGGUUAUUUUAAUACUGGAUUAUUUUACAGUUGAUAAGAUGUAGAAUUUAGAAAGAUGAACAGAAAAAUAAAAAUUAUUUUAAAA